CUUACAAACAAACUGAUAUUUAUUUGAUUGGAUGAUAUAAAUAUUAAAAAAGAACCCUAAUUCUCAAAUCAAAUCUUGUCUAUUAUCAUGAGCGCAUUUCAUUUUAUGUAGCUCACGUUCAGAGUGUAGAAAUUUAUUAAAGUCCUCCUAAUUUCCAGUUUUAAUAUUCUCCCAAAAAGAAAAGAGAUGGUCGGAGCCGGAGCCGGAGCUAAAAAAACUAGUCCGGAGGUGGUGAAAUCGGGAUCUGGAUCAUCGACGAUGCUGAUGCUGAAAUUGAAACUGAAAUUGAAAACAAAACAGCAAGAGCUUCUGCUCCGAGUCAGCAUUCUAUGCCUCGUCUAUGUGCUGGCUUUCAUCACGCGCCUCUUCAGCGUUCUCCGCUACGAAUCCAUGAUCCAUGAAUUCGACCCUUACUUCAAUUACCGAACCACCCUUUAUCUCACCGAGAAUGGUUUCUACGAGUUCUGGAACUGGUUCGACUCCGAUAGCUGGUACCCUUUAGGCCGUAUCAUCGGCGGUACCCUCUACCCUGGUCUUAUGGUCACCGCCGCCAUCAUCUACUGGCUCCUCCGCCUCCUCAGCUUUGCCGUCCAUAUCCGUGAGGUUUGUGUCUUAACCGCUCCCUUUUUCGCUUCCAAUACAACCAUUGUUGCCUAUUUCUUUGGUAAAGAGAUUUGGGAUUCCGGUGCCGGCCUUGUUGCUGCCGCCUUGAUCGCCAUUUGCCCUGGAUAUAUUUCCAGAUCGGUAGCCGGGUCUUAUGAUAACGAAGGGGUCGCCAUUUUCGCUUUGUUGUUCACCUUUUAUUUGUUUGUUAAGGCCGUGAAUACGGGUUCCUUGGCCUGGGCAUUAGCCUCUGCUUUUGGUUACUUUUAUAUGGUCUCUGCUUGGGGAGGAUAUGUGUUCAUUAUCAAUUUAAUCCCGCUUUACGUGCUCGUGCUUUUGGUCACCGGACGGUAUUCCAUGAGGUUAUAUGUUGCCUAUAAUUCUAUGUAUGUAGUGGGGAUGUUAUUGGCUAUGCAGAUUCGCUUUGUGGGCUUUCAACAUGUCCAGUCUGGGGAGCAUAUGGCCGCAAUGGGUGUCUUCUUUUUGAUGCAGGUUUUCUAUAUGUUGGAUUGGGUUAAGUACUUGCUGGGCGAUGCCAAAUUGUUCCAAGCCUUUUUGAGGAUCACUGUCACCACUGCACUCUCUGUGGGUGUUAUAGCUCUAGGACUAGGCACAGCAUCUGGGUAUAUCUCCCCAUGGACUGGCCGAUUUUACUCUUUACUUGAUCCAACUUAUGCAAAAGAUCACAUUCCCAUUAUUGCAUCUGUCUCUGAGCAUCAACCGACUGCUUGGUCGUCUUUCAUGUUUGAUUUCCAUAUUCUGCUCUUCCUUUUCCCUGCGGGUCUCUAUUUCUGCUUCAAGCGAUUGUCCGAUGCCACCAUCUUCAUUGUCAUGUAUGGUCUUACAAGCAUGUAUUUUGCUGGUGUUAUGGUUCGUUUAAUUCUUGUUGCCACGCCUGCUGUAUGUCUUAUUAGUGCCAUUGCUGUUUCUGCAACUAUAAAGAAUUUGACUCUCGUAGCAAGGGCCAAGGAUAACAAUAAGGUUGCCCACUCUGGUUCUCUCAAAGGAAGCGCUAGCAGUUCCAAGGCUUCUUCUAAGGCUUCACUUGAUCAAUCCCAGCCUUUCCAGAGAAAUGGUGCUAUUGCGUUACUUCUUGGUGCAUUUUACUUGCUCAGUAAGUAUGCCACUCACUGUACCUGGGUCACAUCAGAGGCUUACUCAUCUCCCUCAAUUGUCUUGGCUGCAAGAGGUGCUCAUGGCCAAAGGGUCAUCUUUGAUGAUUAUCGUGAGGCAUACUUUUGGCUUCGACAGAAUACUCCUCCAGAUGCUAAGGUGAUGUCAUGGUGGGAUUAUGGGUACCAGAUCACUGCAAUGGGAAACAGAACUGUUAUAGUUGAUAAUAACACCUGGAACAAUACGCACAUAGCUACUGUUGGACGUGCAAUGUCAUCUUAUGAAGAUGAGGCAUAUGAAAUUAUGAGGUCGCUUGAUGUGGAUUAUGUAUUAGUUGUCUUUGGAGGUGUUACUGGCUAUUCUUCUGAUGAUAUUAACAAAUUUUUGUGGAUGGUGAGAAUUGGAGGUGGAGUUUUUCCUAUAAUAAAGGAACCUGAUUAUCUUGUUAAUGGCGAGUACCGCGUUGACAAAGGAGCAGCUCCCAAGAUGUUGAAUUGUCUAAUGUACAAGCUGUCUUAUUAUCGAUUUGGAGAGCUGACGACAGAAUAUGGAAAACCUCCUGGGUAUGAUCGUGCCAGGGGGGUUGAAAUUGGAAACAAGGAUAUCAAACUGGAAUAUUUGGAAGAGGCCUUUACAACAUCUAACUGGAUUGUUCGUAUUUACAAAGUUAAACCUCCUAAUAAUAGGUGGUGAGUCUUUUUCAUUCUCUCUCUGCAGGACAGCAUGGUAGAUGAAAACUCUUAGAGCAUAUGAGUCUUAAAAGGUAGUGUUAAAGAGAGAGAAAACUAUAUCUUUGUUAGAGUUUGCAGUUAGUAUUUGAGGCUCUUAAUGUUCUUGACCCCACUUUUGGAGAUUUUGUAAUGCCUUUUUAGCUCAUCUAUUUAAACUUUUUUGUUGAUUGUAUGGUUGAGAAACUUAUUUACAUGAAAAAUGUGAUUGUUUGGCAUGGUACAA